UCAGCAUGUUUGCUAUGAUUUGCUGUGUACUUCAAAUUGUUUUUAUCAACACUACCUCUUCGCCGCCAUGGGUCUCUCUUCCGCCGUCUUCGGGUUGGGCCUCUUUGCUCUCAUCACAUCUACAGCUGAAGGCGACCAACCGGCCAACGCCUAUCGCAUUGGUCCUGAAACCGGAUAUGCAAAGGCGCGCUGCCUCGAUGGAAGCCCCGGCCUUUACUACUUCAGCCCAGGCAGUGGUUCUGGCACUAGCAAGUUCCAGAUUUUUCAUGAGGGUGGAGGCUUUUGCAACUCUGAUUCCAGCUGCUUUGACAGAGCAAAAGGCCGACUUGGAAGUAGCAGUUCAGACCCAAAGACUUGGGACCUGGAGAAGCAAGGCAAUCUCAAGUUCUCCCGGUCUUCCUCAGAAAACCCAUUGAUGCACGAUUGGAAUCACAUCUUUCUUCGCUAUUGCGAUGGUGGCUACUUCUCUGGAGAUCGUGAAGAGCCCAAGGUCGUGGAGGGGAGCUCCAUCUAUUUUCGAGGAAAGCAGAUUACAGAGGCCUUGUUCAGUGACCUCGGCAGGAAGUUUAACUUUGGUAAUGCCACUGAUGUGGUCAUUAGCGGCUGCAGUGCUGGUGCCAUCCGGGUGUAUGCACACAUCGAUGCGCUUGCGCAGCUGAUUCAAGCUGAAGCCAAGGUGGUUGCCUUGCCGGAUUCCGGCUUUUAUAUGGAUCUCGACAUCUUUACUCCCUUGAAGAGGUAUGUUGUGACAGAAAUGGAGGGCCAAGGCCUUUUGAACCCGCAGUGCUUAAGAGAUCAUGUUGGCUCAGAGGAGAAAUGCCUUAUUGGGAGUGUGAUUUCCCUUUAUUUGAAGACUCCGACCUUUGCUUUCCAAAGCCGCUUUGACUCCGACCAGCAGGGCUGUGAGAUGGAGGAGUCUUGCAAGUCUUCAGCAACAUGUUUGCAAGCAUAUGCCGCCAACCUCACCAGCUUCCUACAGAAGACUCUUUCCCGCUCUCCGCAUGGGUACUUUUUGGACAGUUGCGUACGUCAUUGUUCCUAUGAAGACCUAGCGCCUCGAGACCAAUCUGGCAUCGCUCCACUCCAUGCAUUUGCGACAUGGUAUGGCGGUGGUCAAUCUCACUUUGGGCAGCCGGCGAAGUACCCAUGCCCUGAAUGUUGCGGGACAGAAUCCACCAUUACAGUUUGACGUGGCACAAGCAGACAAACAUCAUCAAGCAUUUGUACCAGCUACAGCUGCAAGGUUUCACCAUGAUGCUAAUAGCCUUGCUUCUUGCCAGGCUUGGCGCAAGGAAGAUCGAUCAGCAACUGACCUAGCUGAUUGAGCUAGUUGUCAAAUGGGUCGAUUUUCUGGCAACCCGCUGCUGUGUGUGUGCAACUGGCUUGUGAGUUGGCUGGUCAUAAAA